UCCGUUUCCGGAAAGCCGUCUUUGAUUCAAAAUACGCAUCAGUUUCAUGUGAUUAGCCAUCGAUUUACCAUUUGUUGCGUCCAUUGGUUAGCAAAUUGUGUUAUAUUUUAAUUGUUUGAGUGAAUCAACGAAACAAAGUUGUCAUCAAUGGCUGAACCUAUGGCUCGCACUGAUUGGGACAGGUUUUGCCAACUCAUAGGUUUCAAUGGUUUGAAGUCGAGUGUGCGCCAAGAAUGGGACCAAAAGGCAAAUGGUUUGAGUGAAGAGUUGUCGGCUUUGAAGGCAUCGAAAUAUAUGAUUGAGACGGAAGUGAAGGCAAUGAGGGAUCAGAUAAAAGACAGCAAAGAUAUGAGAGUAAAGGAUGUGAAAGACGUGAGACAAGCGUUGGUGUUAUUGAAGGCGUUAAACGAGACAAUCAUUUGUGAGAACAAAGAGUUGACUCAAGAGUUGGUGUCUUUGAACAUAAGUUGCGCGGACUCUGAGUCUAAAUCAGAUGGAAAUGAAACACAGAAUGACUGCGAAGGACAGGACUUCAGGGAUGAGUUGAAUGCCAUUAAGAUUAGUGUCGAAAAGGUUGCAAUGAAUGCGUCAACGGAUGAAGUGGUGAAUGAGAGCACCGGAAGUGGCGAUGAAGUGGUUAACCCAUAG